CAAGAGUGUUACAUUUUCGCAACUUGAAUAAAUCGCGUUGUUGUGUUUCAGGAUGAGGUAAGAGUUGGUGAUGUGGCAGACGGUAUGGCUUGAGCGCAUCAUUUCUAAAAGAACCAUUAAUGCUUUUCAUUGGUUAUAACCUAUAGCGAUCUAUAAGUGUGUAGAUGCAACUCGAUAAACCGUAUGGCUUGGUUUUGUUUCGAAACGUUCAACCCGUGUUUCUAUCAGGUUCUUUUACUGUAUGGUUUGACCUUCUGGACAGUCAUAAACUAAGACGUUCACCCAUAAACUCUAAAGCAAGUCCUCGCACUGUUACACAACACUGAAGUUAAUGCGUGACUGUUUCCUUACGCGAAAAAAAGUGUACGUUUUGCUGAAAUAACUUAUUUUUCAGACUAUAUUAGGCUAUAGUCUACUUUUUGUCUUUAUCUGCGUGGAGCUACGGAGAGACAAGCAUGAGGAGAUAUCAGUCAGUCGGUCGGCUACUUGUGUAGAUCAGAGGAAGAUAAGAGGACAAUCGUAUAUGUUGUUCACAAAACUAACGUUCUGUACCGUUUCACACUCCUGAACAUACCUUAUGUUAUAGAUCCCUGAGAUAAGUUAAUGCUGACUUCACACAUACCCUAGACAGAUAGGUAAUUGAUGUCAAUAGGAAGGUUAUAGAGCACCAUUUGUCUCUUAAGGUAUGAUCUAUCUCUCCAUCAGGCUGUCCCCCUGGUGUUCCAUGAGGUGAAAUGUUUAGAACCGUUACAGAUAGAAACACAAUUAAUUUAGCUGACUAACAGAUGAUCACAUCAGUUCUACAUUAUACAUACUACCGAUCUAUGUGAACGUUCUGUAAAACUGCUCCCUCCUGACCUCUAAUCCCUGACCCCCAGGCUCUGCUUGCUGGCCCUGUUGCUGUGCCUGGCCACAGGAAGGGAUGUCACAGCGUCAGAGGAGGACAGGAAGCCCAACUUCGUCCUGAUGAUGGUGGACGACCUCGGCAUUGGGGACAUCGGUUGUUACGGCAAUGACUCCAUCAGGUAACAGAGGCAACCAGGCAAUCUGCAGCCGUCCCAAAUACUGCAGUCUGAGUUUCUCUCUCUCUCUCUCUCUCUCUCUCUCUCUCUCUCUCUCUCUCUCUCUCUCUCUCUCUCUCUCUCUCUCUCUCUCUCUCUCUCUCUCUCUCUCUCUCUCAGGACUCCUAAUAUCGACCGUUUAGCAGCAGAGGGAGUGAAGUUGACUCAGCAUAUAGCUGCCGCUCCUCUCUGUACACCCAGUAGAGCUGCCUUCCACACAGGACGCUACGCACUGCGCUCAGGUAACACACACAAGUAACACGCACACACUCACGUACAAAGACAAUAUUGGAAGCAUUAUUGGAAUUAAUGGAAUGUCUUUGUGUGUCUUUCUAUUAUAAUGUGUGUGUAGGUCUGGGCAGUACAGGGCGUGUGCAGGUGUUGUUGUUUCUGGGAGGUUCUGGGGGUCUACCCCCCACUGAGACCACCUUCGCUAAGAGAUUACAGGAGCAGGGAUACACCACCGGACUAGUGGGUAAGACACCCCCCCCCCCCCCCCCCCCCCCCCCCCACACACACACACACACACACACUAACACACUGAUGUGUACCUGUAGGAAAAUGGCACCUGGGUGUGAACUGUGAGCGUCGAGGGGACCACUGCCACCACCCCAACACACACGGCUUCAGCUACUUCUACGGCCUGCCUUUCACCCUGUUCAAUGACUGUAGACCAGGGGAGGGGACGGAUGUACUAGCUGACCUACAGAACAGACUGUGGCAACUAACACUGCUGGGGUCCCUGGCCCUGCUCAGCCUGGUAGGGUCCAAUGACUCCCUAUUCCACAUGACAGUGUCAUGUCUGUUCUACAUACUUAAUCUCUAUCUGAGAGCCUCAAACAGUUAACUGGCCUUGAUGAUAAUGAUUCACAUGGUUUUAUGAAACAAGGCCAUCUAAUGGCGUAUUUUGAUAGUUUUGCAGGUUUGUCUAACUCCUCUCUCCCUGUCUGUAGGUGUGUGUGCGUGUGUGUGGUCUGCUUGAGGUGAGUGUGUCUGUCAUCGUGGCGGUGACCUGUCUGUGUCUGCUGGCGUUCAGUGUGUGGUUCGUCCCGUUUGAACUCCUGAUGACCUGGAACUGCAUCAUCAUGAGGAACCAGGAAGUGGUGGAGCAGCCCAUGGACCUAGACACGUUAUCACAAAGACUACUGGGAGAGGCCCAGGGCUUCAUAGAGAGGUCAGAACAGUCAAUCAGUCACUCAAUCAAUCAUUACAUUUUUAUAGAUUUUCCCCACAUUGGCUAUACCUAUCUAGUACGUUCAGGGUAAAGGCUAGGGGUCAGUAUUGGGCGAGAGUUCAAAGCUUGUUUGUGUGUGUGUUCGAUAGGAAUGCUGGCAGGCCGUUCCUCCUGUUCCUGUCUCUGGCCCACGUACACACUCCUCUGUUCUCCUCUCCUGGCUUCGCUGGGAAGAGUCGCCAUGGUCUCUAUGGAGACAACGUAGAGGAAGUGGACUAUAUGAUCGGUGAGCGGUUUGUGUGUGUGCGUGUGAUAGCUCUGACCAAUAACACUGAUAGAUUAGAAUGUUUAUUAUGUUUACGAUGUGUAUUAAUGAUCUUACUAUGAUUUUAUAUGCUCUCAGGUUGUAUGACAAGCAGUGGACAGGUUGGGUCUAGCCAUCAACACUGUUGGAUUAGAAUGAGUUAUGUUUCUGAUAUGUAUUAAUGAUUGAUCUUCUGUCAGGUCGUAUGACUGAGACAGUGGACAGGUUGGGUCUGGCCAACAACACAAUGAUGUAUUUCACCUCUGACCACGGAGGCCAUAUUGAAGACGCAGAUGAACAAGGACAGAAAGGAGGCUGGAAUGGAAUCUACAAAGGUAACGACCAAUCACAGGCCUGUACAGGGGUAACAACCAAUCAAAUAGAGCCAUUUGAGCAAUCAGGAAACGGACGUGAAAAACAUUCUGAUUGUCGUCUCCUCUCCUCUCAUACAGGUGGGAAGGCGAUGGGUGGAUGGGAGGGAGGUAUCAGGGUGCCAGGUAUAUUCCGUUGGCCUGGCAGGCUACCAGCAGGCAGAGUGUUUGACACACCCACCAGUCUCAUGGACCUCUACCCCACACUCACACACCUGGCCAGUGCAACACACAGCGACAGGUACGUGUGUGUGUGUGUACUUGUGGUGUGUGUGUGUACUUGUUGUGUGUGUCUGCCUAUCCUCAUGUCUGGAUAUUCCAGGUUGUUAGAUGGCUAUGAUCUGAUGCCUGUUUUAGAGGGGAGGACAGAGCGGUCGCAGCAUGAGUUCAUGUUCCACUAUUGUGGUGUUUACCUCAACGCAGUACGCUGGCACCCACCUGGGAGUGAGUACACACACACACAUACACACACUACUAUACACUACAACACACACCAUCAUCUCAUUACAUGUGUGUGUCUCCCCAGGUGAGUCCGUCUAUAAGGUCCACUUCUUUACCCCUAACUUCUCCCCACCGGGCGCUGGCGGUUGCUAUGACACCAAGGUUUGUUUAUGUCACGGAAGUCAUGUGACACACCACAACCCCCCCAUCAUCUUUGACCUUCACACCGACCCCUCGGAGUCCCGCCCCCUGACCCCAGACACUGAGCCACGCUACCAGGAAGUUAUACAGCAGACUGCCAAGGCCGUGGAGCAGCACAGUGCCACCCUCACACACACACAUCCCUCACACACACAACCAGACACACACACUCCCCGGUCCGAGCCUGUCCCCAACCAGCUGACGUGGGAGAAGAUUCUGUGGCGUCCAUGGCUGCAGCCCUGCUGUGGAACAUUCCCCUUCUGUGGCUGUACAGAGAACAUUACGUCUACACUGGCCUAACACACACUCCUCGAUGGCGGAGAAAUGUGAAGGGAAAUAUGAAGAACUUUGAAUGGAUCAACUGCUUUUUUAAUUGUUAUAAUAUUUUUCAGACCGUAUAAUUUUUCAAUGACUUCUAGACAGUUGUACAUAGCUAUAUGAAAUAUGGUAAUAAUUUGCUCAAAGAUAAGUUAUCUGUUGUUUUGAUAUCUGGACCAAUCUUGUAAUUUGCAAUAUUGAUUUUGAUUUAAAACAAUUAAAACCUAAGCAUUCUGAAAAAGCUGUUUAUUUAUUUUUUCUUGGAAGUUUGUGACUGUACAGCAUGCACCUGUCAGUUACUACUCUUCACCACAGGGUGGAGCCACCUCCCUGGAAUAAACAUUCCUUUCUGCUGCAGUACA